GAAAUCAUUUUUAUAUUGUUUAGAUGGGAAGAGAAAAGAUGUAAAGUAAAUAUAUAAAAUAAUGAAAUGAAAAAGAUUUACUUAACACUUGGUUGAGUCGAAUCGAAGAAAGAAAACGUCAAAAGAGCAUGCGAUGGUUUACUCUGUUCAACAUGAUAAAACAUGGCUAUUCGCUUGUUUUAUAAUUCUAUCAAGUUUUCAUCAUAUUCUCUUGGAGGAAAUUAGUGACAAUGGACCGGACAGUUCCGAUAAAUAUUACACAAAUGGCUGGGCUAUACAUAUUGAAGGUUCUGAUAGUUACAAAAGAGCUAAGAGAAUAGCUGAAAAAUAUGGUUUUGAAAAAGUAUCAAAGAUUGGUACAUUGGAAGGUUACUACCAUUUGGAACACCCACAUCAUCCAGAAAGAUCAAAACGAACUGCGGACAGCAAAACAGAUCUCCUGAAACAAGAAGAUGAUGUGAAAUGGGUGCAACAACAACAUGAAUAUAAGCGAGAAAAACGCGGACUUCAUCACGAACAUGUAGUGACAAGAGGCAUUCAACCGAGAUUUGCUGAUCCACUAUGGGAUGAACAAUGGUACCUUGACGACAAACGCUCUUCGAUGGAUUUAGACGUUAAUGUAAUACCUGUCUGGAAUGCUGGCAUUUCAGGCAAAGGUGUUGUAGUAACAAUUCUUGAUGAUGGAAUUGAACACAAUCAUACCGAUUUAGAGAAAAAUUAUGAUCCUGCAGCAAGUUGGGAUGUAAAUGACAAUGAUCCUGAUCCAUUCCCAAGAUAUGAUCCAACAAAUGAAAACAAGCAUGGAACUCGAUGUGCUGGCGAAGUUGCAGCGCAAGCUAAUAAUACUAAAUGUGGAGUCGGCGUUGCAUACAACGCAAAAGUUGGUGGUGUAAGAAUGCUGGAUGGGCGAGUCACAGAUCGCGUUGAAGCUGAAUCAUUAAGUUUAAAUCCGCAAUACAUUGACAUCUAUAGCGCUAGCUGGGGACCUAGUGAUGAUGGUAUGACAGUUGAAGGACCAGGAACCUUGGCAUCAGCAGCCUUCCUUAACGGCAUCACAAAGGGUCGGGGAGGUCUCGGUUCAAUAUAUGUGUGGGCCUCAGGAAAUGGUGGCCGUCAUGACGACAGCUGUAAUUGUGAUGGUUACACAGCCAGUAUAUACACCCUCUCAAUAAGUUCAAGUUCUGAUCAUGGUGAAAGUCCAUGGUAUAGUGAAGCAUGUUCAUCUACUCUUGCUACUACUCUCAGUAGCGGUGCACAUGGAGAACAGAGAAUUGUGACAACUGAUCUUCACAAUCAAUGUACAGAACGUCACACUGGUACAUCAGCUUCAGCACCUUUAGCUGGAGGACUAAUCGCACUGGCGCUUGAAAAGAAUCCAAAGCUGACGUGGCGUGACGUACAGCAUUUAGUAGUGCACACGGCCAACUGGUUUCCCUUAAGACAUGAUCCUGAUUGGAGAAUGAAUGGGAUUGGUUUGCAUAUGAAUGAAAAAUUCGGGUUUGGUUUGUUAGAUGCUGACCGGUUAGUUCGUAUGGCUGACAGAAAAAUAUUUCAAAAUGUACCCGAGAAAAAGGAGUGUAAGGAGAAAGUGAUGACCACUGCAAAGGCUCUACGCUGGGACCAACCGUUGUCAGUGGAGAUAGAAACAAAUGGCUGUGCGGGUUCAAAGGAUGAAAUUAGGUACUUAGAACAUGUGCAGAUAAUUUUAACUAUUGAAUACACACGACGUGGUGACCUAACGAUAUACUUAGUAACUCCUAUGGGCACCAGAUCAUGUUUGCUUCCAGUAAGAAGCGAAGAUUCAUCGGAUGAAGGUUUUAAGAAAUGGGCUUUUAUGACGACGCAUGCGUGGGGUGAAGAUCCGCGCGGGAAAUGGAUUUUGGAGAUUAAAGAUGGCGGAGAGUCAAGGUCUAACACGGGUACUCUAAGAGACUGGCAAUUAAUAUUGCACGGUACCAAAGAGAAACCUCAUCAUCAAAACGUAACACAUCCAGAAAACCCGUUGCACAAGAAGGCUGUUGCCGACGACACAAAAACGAACGCCAAAUCAUCUGUACAAAUCACGCAAAUUACAUAUACUUUUGGUGAAAAUGGCGCUCCAUCAAGAACAAUAGUGCCGCCAAACAAUGUACCAAAUUUAUAUAAUAGCCAUGGGGCGCCAACACAAGCUAUUUUGCAAAAUCAACAAGUUGCUGUGCAAAACCAACCAUCGAUAAUGCCGAGUCAAGUAUUAAAUCCAUACGCUGGUCUACAGCAGAACUUUCAAAACACGGCAUCGAAUGGGAUGAUGGGAGGUGAAUAUAACUACAAUACAAAUGCUUACAGAAACUAUCAGAGAAAUAAUAUACCGUCAUACACUGCUCCUAAUUAUGGUACUAAUAACCCUGCUUAUGACAAUAACCAUAAUUAUGCCAGUUUAUUUACUGGUCAACCAGCUUAUAACCAAGUUAAUAACGCGCAGCUAUAUCAGCAAGCUAAUACUAAUCCUCGUACAACCUUAGUUGGUCGCUCUGUAACAUGGACUAGACCUAACCCAAAUAGUAUGCAAGUGUACACAGACCCUAAUGCAAAUUUAUGGGAUUUUUUUGGACAUCUAAAUGCUAGAAGAUCUGCUGAAGAAGAAGCAAUUGAAAAGAAGAAAAAAAUGAACUCCUUGAUACAAUUGUUAGCUAGGUUACAUAGUAAAAGACAAAGAAGGUAAAAGUAUUGUAGCUAAACUAUUAAUUAGACUUGUUAAUUUAAAUUAUGGUGUAACAGUAUUGAAUUUAUUUCUUUUUUAAGACCACUCUAUACGCAGUUCCAUAUCAGAAUUCCAAAUUUUAAAGUAUCGCUGAAUUAUGUGUUUUUCGAAAGAAAUAAUUUCUCAAACUCAUUUUGUUAACCAGACUAAGGUUUUUUAUGCACUUAAACACGUAUACAAAGAUAUUGGUGUUUUCAAUUCCUUUUAUUUUAUAAUACGCACGUACAUCCAGUAGGAACGAAGAUCUUUUUAUUGUGUUUUGUGUUAACGUUUUAAUAAGUUUUGGAAGGAGUUUAAUGUUUCUCAGCUGUACAUUUAAUUUUAUCUUUACAUUUGCACCAGACCCGGUGAGACAGAGGAAAGAUAAUGUGGGGGGAGAUAUGAUGUCACACAUUUUUUUCUAAAAAAGAACUUUGAUGCAACGAAAACAAUGAUAGCGUUAGACAAUCUUUAUUUUGAUUCUUGCCCCCUUCCCCCCUUCUCAUUUGACAAACGACUUGCCGGCCCUGUUCACUGACCGAUGAAGACAAGGAAUUGAGUUCGAAAUCACCUGUUCUUUUUUGUUGUUAUUGCCGAUGGCAAAACAGGCUAAAAUAACAUACUAACAAACAGAGCGUGAAGUUAAACUCCUUCUUGUAACAACUUUAUCUUUUCACUUAAUAGAUCAUGGAGGUAAAGUUACUAUAUUUUCUCGCAAAGAUUUUUACAAUAUUUUUCCAAAAAAAUUGUAAAUAUUUUAUUUUUCCAUUAGUUAUUAGAGGGGGGUUGGGUAUAUAAAUAUAUAAAUCUUCAAAAUAA